AUGGACUGGGCUUCAAAAUUUGAAGAUAUCCAUGAUUCUUCGGCUUUGGAUGCCAAGUCCAAAGCAGAGCAAAUCAUAGGUGUCGCUAAAGAAACAAUGCAUACUAUUGCGAACGCCGCUGAAGAAGCAAUACGAAAUAUCAUGAGUCCAUAUCCAAGAGCUCACAAAGACCUUCAAGAGACCGGCCGGGCAAGGCCUACGACCAAUAGAGACAUAAAAGCACUAGAGGUGCCAUCUACUCCCGAUUUUCAUACCCGCUCUCGAAGAUGGUUCCCAUCCGCGGAAUUCAUUAACCGCCAAUUCUCUGAAGUUCCAGCUCUUAAAUUUGGCGCUCAGGAUGACUCCGCAUCUUAUAUAUAUGAUCCGGUUCAUAGCAUGGACACUGACUCUUGGCAGUUGGAUUCCAAUGUGCCAUCUACUCCUGGUGUUCUUAGCCGUUCUCAAAGAUGGUUCCCAUCUGCGGAAUUCAUUAACCACCAAUUCUCUGAAGUUCCAGCUCUUGAAUUUGGCGCUCAGGAUGACUUCGUAUCUCCUAUAUAUGAUCCGAUUCAUAGCAUGGACACUGACUCUUGGCAGUUGGAUUCCAAUACUAACAAAGCUGGAUCCAAUACGGAACAAUGA